AUGCGAUUUAUCGGUGCACGGGUACAUCGUGACUGCAUUGUGCUUCUAGAUAGUUCGACCGAAUGUAUCAUUUUGUAUGUGAAAGCUCUACAUGUCAAACUAUAUAACGGGCUUAAUAAUCUAACGGCGUUCGAAUUUAUAAAGGCACUAACUCAUUACAGCAGGCGGUGUGGUUUCGUCCAGAAACUCGAUGCAUCUUCGGGUGUGGGCGUCGGGCGAGACCCCCCCUCACUUUCGGCACUCGCCCGCGGGUGGAGGGGUGGUAAUGGACGCACGAGGCUCCUCGGCCCUGUGCCGUGCACCGUCGCUCUUUAUGUCGGCUUGCACGCGUGCACUUGCUAG